AGGGACCUUUGUAUAAUUAGAAUACGAGUUAGGGUCUAAGCUGUAUUCCAAAAAUCCUUGGAAAAUAAAACCUCUGUUGAACGAACAGAAAAAGCUGAGAAGCUGAAAUACUCCCACAAAACAAGAAGACAAGGCGAAAUGGCCACUAUUGCUGCCGCAAGAUCCAUUUUCCGAUCAACCUCCGCCCGCAGCGCCGCCGCUAAGUUCGCUUCUGGCACCAAAUCUGCUCGCUCUGCCUUUCGCACUCCCGUCAAUAACUCCCUCUCUCAGCGCAUCUUCAGGUGCCCUGUUGAAUUGAGUGUUUGUUUGGAGACAAUGCAGCCGUUUCAUACUGUAACUGCUUCGGCGUUGAUGACUUCAAUGCUUUCGAUAUCUCCCCGUUGUUAUGGUUGGGUUCCUGAUGGGCUGUAAUUCAUCAUUUUUGAGCUGCUGGGGAGGUUUGCUGAGGAGAUUAGUUUAUUAUUAUAAUCUAUUUUCUUAACAAGUCUCAGCUUCAGUUGUAAGACGUGGGGACUGAUUUUGGUAUGAUGUGUACUCUAUGUUUUCCAUUGUAUUGUCAAUGAUUUUUGUCACCCGCUGUGAACAUGUAGCAAAAUUUUCCGCUACCAACUCAUUGGCUCGUGCUAGCUUUAAUAAUAGAACUGCUGCAUCCAAGGCAUAUUGAUUCAAUCACCUUUUUUUUAAAAAAAAUUUUAUUUUGUAUUGAUAUGCUUGCAGUUACCUAUGAUUUAGUUGAUUAGUUCUCUAUCAUUAGUUGGAAUUUGUGUGGCGAAACCCUUAGCCAACCAUUCCAUUACAUGGUAUGUUUCUAUACAUAUUACCAAAUUAUCCAAGGUUGACUUGUAUCACCUGUUUUAGAAGUAGUAUGCGCGUGUUUUCCUAUUGUAUCUCCUCACCCUUCUCAUUCAUGUGGGAACUUUGAAUUAUGCCUACACACAGCUUUUGAGUUUAUUCCAUCGAAAUUCUAGCAGACCAGUCUCUUGUUUCUGAUUAACUUAGAAAGAUGCUAUUCUAAUAAUCCCUUGCUGUUUGUUGGAUGAAAUUGGCGUACUCAUAAUCUAUUAGUGCUUAGUGAGAGCAGCAGAGGUUACUGAACCCAAAAUGCAGACUAAUCUGGGAAGGAUGGAUCAGGAAAACAUUAUAGUUAGCUCCUUCAUAUAGAUGCAGCCUAUUGAAGAUAUAAAAUAAAUGGAAUUUGUGAUUAGGAUAAAAUGCUUUUUUUUGUUAUACGGAGUAUCUGAUUUUUUUUUUUUUUUUUUUUUUUUUUUUUUUUUUU